GGCGCGGCGCCAAGAUGGCGGCGGCGGCGGGCUGUGCGUGAGUGUCCCUCGGCCCUCCCGGCCCAGGGCGGGCGGCGGGCCCGGACGGCACCGCGCCGAGCCCAGCCGGCAUGUGCGAGACCUACUCGCGGUGGCUGCUGCGGGUGUCGGUGGCGCAGAUUUGCCAGGCGCUGGGGUGGGAUUCGGUGCAGGUCUCGGCCUGCGACCUCCUCACCGACGUGCUUCAGCGGUACCUGCAGGGGCUGGGCCGGGGCUGCCACCGCUACUGCGAGCUCUAUGGCCGCACAGAUCCAAUUUUGGAUGAUGUAGGCGAUGCCUUCAAGCUUAUGGGGGUUAACCUGCAUGAGCUAGAAGAUUAUAUACACAAUAUUGAACCUGUCACUUUCGCACAUCAAAUCCCUUCGUUUCCUGUCAGCAAGAACAAUGUCCUGCAGUUUCCCCAGCCGGGAAGUAAAGAUGCAGAAGAAAGGAAGGAGUACAUCCCUGAUUAUAUGCCACCUAUUCUGUCCUCUCAAGAAGAAGAGGAAGAGGAACAGGUGCCUACUGAUGGAGGUACAUCUGCAGAGGCCAUGCAGGUACCAUUGGAAGAAGAGGAAGAUAUGGAAGAGGAUGAGGCAAUUAAUGAUGAGAACUACUUGAGCAAGAGACCAUUAGAAAGUCCUGAUGCUGAGGAAUUCCCGCCUGUGAAACGGCCAAAACUCUCUGUUUCCAAAGGGGACACUUUGGAUGGAGCUUUGGAACCCCGUGAGCCUCUCAGCUCAAUAAACACUCAGAAAGUACCACCAAUGCUUUCUCCAGUUCAUGUUCAGGACAGUACAGACUUAGCCCCUCCUUCGCCAGAACCACCAAUGUUGGCUCCCAUUGCAAAAUCGCAAGUGCCAACUCCCAAAACGUUAGAAGCAAAGCCCUUUGUACCCAAAACAAAGUCUAAAACAAGUUCUCCAGGACAGAAGACAAAAUCACCUAAAACUACACCCUCACCAGUUGUAACUGGAAGUCCCAUACGUUCACCAAAAACUGGAUCCAAAGAAAAAAAGUCACCAGGUCGUGCCAAGAGCCCAAAAAGUCCUAAAAGUCCAAAGGUUCCUGCUCAUGUUCCCCAACCACCUGUGAAGCCUGAAGCACCAAGUAGAACCCCUCUGGCUGCAUUAAGUGACAAGAUAGGAAAGGAAAACAUUCAAGUAAAACAAGGACAGACCCCACCUGAGCCUGUCAGCAAGCCAAAUGUUGAAAACCAGACUAAGAAAGCACCAGUAAUGGACAAGACCAUUGAUGAUUCAAUCGAUGCUGUGAUUGCUCGUGCGUGUGCAGAACGAGAACCAGAUCCCUUUGAGUUUUCCUCUGGUUCUGAAUCAGAAGGAGAAGUUUUUACUAGUCCUAAAAGACUUUCUAUUUCAGAGACUACAACUCCUAAACCUUCUGUUUCUGCCAAUAAUGCAAAUAAGGCAGGAGCAACUCCAAUACCUCCCUCAGGUGGGACUUCAAGUUCAGACAUUUCAUGGACAAUGGAUGACUCAAUUGAUGAGGUCAUUCGAAAGGCAAACAUGGGGACACCUUCUAAUCCACCUACCAACUUCACUUAUUUCUCCUCUCCUUCUGCUUCACCACCAACUCCAGAACCUCUUCUCAAAGUCUAUGAGGAGAAAACCAAGUUUACUUCAUCAGUAGAAGUGAAAAAGAAAUUGAAAAAGGAGCUGAAGACAAAAAUGAAGAAGAAAGAAAAACAAAAGGAGAAAGAUAAAGAGAAAAACAAGGAGAAAAACAAGGAGAAGGAAAAGAACAAGGAGAAAGAUAAAGAUAAGGAAGGUAACAAGGAAGCAAAGUUUCAGUGGAAGGAACUGCUCAAAGAUGAUGAUCUUGAUCCCUAUAAAUUCAAACUGAAGGAGUUUGAGGAUGGUGACACAAAAGUAAAGUUGAAAGAUGGCAAUACCAAAAAAGAGAGAGAAAAACAUAAAGAUAAAAAGAAAGAGAAAGAGAAAGGCAAAAAAGACAAGGAUAAAAAAGACAAAGAGAAACUUAAAGAUAAGGCUAAGGAAGAUAAGAUAAAGCCUCCAUCAGCACCUCUUGUGUUACCUCCCAAAGAAAUGUCUUUGCCCUUGUUCAGCACACCAACUGCCAUGAGGCUUCCCAGCAUGCUACCUUCUCUGUCACCAAUGCUUCCUGAAAAACUAUUUGAGGACAAAGAGAAACCAAAAGAGAAGAAGAAAGACAAAAAAGAGAAGAAGAAAAAGAAAGAAAGGGAGAAGGACAAAGAAAAGGAAAAGAAGGAGAAGGAAAAGGAGAGGAAAGAAAGAGAAAAGAAAGAGAAAGAAAAAGAGAAACACAAACAUGAGAAGAUAAAGGUGGAACCAGUUGUUCCAGCUCCAUCACCGGUUAUUCCUCGGCUAACAUUAAGAGUGGGUGCAGGCCAAGACAAGAUAGUCAUCAGCAAAGUAGUGUCAGCUCCAGAGAACAAACCUUCUACUCCAGUGAGCCGGCCCAAAACACCUCCACCUGUGCCCUCACCGGUACCAGCUCCUGUUCACGUCACCCCUCCUCCAGCUCCAGCUCCUCCUCCUCCACAGCCCACUGUCUCACCAGUCCUCAUCCCACCUCCCUCUCCAGCUGUCUCAGCCGCCGGAGGCUCCAAAGCUCCGGUUCGGAGCGUGGUGACCGAGACCGUCAGUACUUACGUGAUCCGAGACGAGUGGGGUAACCAGAUCUGGAUCUGUCCUGGCUGUAACAAGCCAGAUGAUGGCAGUCCAAUGAUAGGAUGCGAUGACUGCGAUGAUUGGUAUCACUGGCCUUGUGUUGGAAUUACAGCUGCACCCCCAGAAGAGAUGCAGUGGUUCUGUUCUAAGUGUGCCAACAAGAAGAAGGAUAAAAAACACAAAAAGAGAAAGCACAGGGCACACUGAAGACUUUGCAGCGGACUGAAGUCGUGCAGUCAACGCAGCACCUUCCUGCCCUGACUCCAUUGCGGCCUGGCUCCGGCCUGCUCGCGUCUCACCCUCCAUCACCGGCUGUCAGGGUUGUGACUCUGGAGUGAAUCAGGGGCGAGGAGAUGCUCUCUGUCAGGAGCUGUUGUGUUACAUGCAGGCCAUCCGAGCCCAGGGGGGUGGAUUUUGGUACAUGCUGAUGCUGUGUUUCACCUACCGAGGGAAAUUUGCACAGAGCUAUACGAAGACUUCGGUAGUUUAUGGUACCGCUCCCGCUCCUGUGGCUCGGCAGCAACAAAGAUGAAUGUUGUAAAUACAGAUAUCUGUCCUAUCCUUUCUCAAUUUCUUAUUAAUCCCCCUCAAACCUUUGCAGUAAGGUGCAGAGAGGAGGAGAAAAUGUAAAUUGCAGUAAGUUGUAAGCCGAGGAGACCUUCUGGAAUGAUUUCUGUAGUCUGGAUGCAGUUCAGCCUCUACUCCUGCUGAGCCAGAUAAUCAUAACAUGGGAAUAAAAAAGUGGCUGGUAAAUAUUUUUGUGACGAGAAUAUAUGAAGCUUUUUUCCUUGAUUUUUAGUACUAACAUAAAAUAAACACGUUCAAGCUUUUGUGAUAUAUCUUCUAUUUUUAAAAAGAAAA